AGAAGCGCUUGGAUGUCUUUAUUUGCGCAAUUCGCCGCGCGCUAGAGCUCGAUGAGGAUGUCGUUCUACGUGUAGCAAAAUUGGACGGCGACAACAAAACCAUUAUCGAGAACGAAUGCGACUUCGCAAAUUUGAGGUCCUCAUUACAACAUUCGAAUUUCGAGAGGCUGGAGAUUUCGUUUUGGGAGUCCUCCAGAAAACCUGACGACAGCAAGACCACCGAGUCUCUGAAGGAGCCCCACAAUUCCAUGAACCAUUUCGACAAGCUACCAUCCGAACUCAUAUCUCACAUAUUCCUUCUGUGCAUCAGACACUGGCCGGACAGCGACCGAUGGGAUCCCUACGAUUUUAAUGUUGGCAUCACAUCAGUUUGUCGUCGUUGGAGGGAUAUUGCACUCUCCACCUCCUCCAUGUGGCAGUAUAUCACGCUGCUUCCGGGCGACGUUAACCUCUAUAAGACGAAACUGUGUCUCAACCGCAGCAAAGGUGCUCCUCUUGACAUUCACUUGUCCAGCUAUGACCUUUUCUCGUUGGCCGAAAUUGACAAUUUCCUCGAUGUUUUGCUGCCGCACUCAUCCCGUUGGAGGGAGUUCAAGUGUACGGUUGAUGACUAUGUUGCACACGUGAACUUUCUGUCACGGCUUCACAAUUACCACACCAAGCCUCGAAUCCUCGAGACGCUCGUCCUUCAUGCUGAUGAAAUGAGUCUCCCAAUUGGGUUUGAGGCUCCACGACUGGACAUCUCCUUUUUCUCUCACGCGCAUAGCGUCAGCCUACGGGGACUUACCAUUCAAUGGGAGAAUUGGCCCUUUGCCAACUUGACCCAACUGCAGCUUCGAGGACCAGACACACCCCAGUUCACCUUGACACAAUUCUCUCAAAUGCUCUCUUCAGCUCUGUCAUUGGUGGAUUUGUCAUUGGUUCAAUGUCAUCCUUCUCAACCCCACACCUCGCCUGAACCUGUCGUUCUUCCUUUACUCAGAUCAUUUCGUCUCGAACGGCUCCCUUCCGUCAUUCAUGCGGCAUUGCUGAUGCAAUCAGUGAAGGCACCAAGUCUGGAAACGCUCGUCAUUCGGUAUUGGUCUGAGGUAGGGGAAGAGGAGCUGCCUUCAUCGAUUCGUUCCUCGAUCACAGGCUAUGCUUCUAUCAAACAUCUCAACAUUGGAAUGCUAGGGACGUCUUCCGCUCAACGACGAUCAGAUUACGAACACAUUUUUCGAUCAUUUGCAGGUGUCACGGACUUGACCCUAUAUUUUGAGACCAGCUAUUCUUUGGAGCAUUUGAACCUUUUGGUUAAAAGCGAACACACACUUGGCCCUUCGACAGAUGUGGCCUCGCCAUCUGUGUUACUACCCUCCCUGAACUCACUCCGCCCCAUUGGUUUCCCUUACGGUGCGUUGCAUUCGUUCGUGAAAACGCGUAAGGAAAUAGGAUACCCGGUUCGGCGCAUUGUGCUUCCUCCAUACUCGUGGAGUGGAGUUGAUGAGGGGUUCUCAAAGUACCUGGACGUCAUCGACCACCAUACUGACGAGUUCAACGAAACUUACUACGGGGAGGAUGCCGAAUCCGAGGAUGACUGGUAUGAGAAUCAUGACUACUACAGCGGCGAUUCCGAUGAUUAUAACUACGAUGGAUAUGAUGGAUACGAUGAUGGAUACGAUGAUGGACACGAUGAUUCCGAGCUUGACGAAUAUGGAAUCAAUGACUUCUAGUCGCCGUUGUCUGCGCCCAACUUCUAGAUCCUGCCCUAAGUGUGGUAACUUGCUAUCCAAUGUAUUUACUUGCCCUCACCAAACUUCUAAAGAUAGUCGGAGUCACCCAGCGAUCCCUGCCAAGAUGGUCUGGCGGCGUCAAUCAAACAAUCACGAAAGCUUGAUAGCAUGAGAACCAUUCCCCAGAGCCGUGACGAAUCUCUGGCCGACGCAAGGACAUACUCGUCAUUGAAUAAGGCCUGCUCUGCAUGGGAUAUCUAAGACAAACUCUGGGUCUCCAACUGCACAUAUCGCACCCCGCCCCGAAAGAUCAUGUCAGAAUGAUAAGAGGUCAGUGAUCCGUUGCUUCUAGUAUCUCAACUGUCUCUUCUUCCCGCUCUAAACUGGAAAAUCUGGUGUGCCGUCGCCCACGAACCCGGUCCAGCACCCGUGAGAAGAAGCCU